CGCCGACUCGCUGCUCAUCACUCGCCCUCCCAGGUUUCCAAGCCAUCCCCCACCACCAUCACUUCACCCUCUCCCUCCCUUCCCUCCUCUUCCCCCCACCCAAACCCAAAGGAGCUUAACGGCAGCUGCUGCUGCGUGCGGCUACAGCCUACAGCGAGCGAGAGCGAGACGCUGGUUGGUCAGCCGAGCAACUUUGCGAGGUCGCUUUCGGCUCUCUCGGCCUCGGCCCCGGACAGGCAUGUCCUGAUGGAAUUCAGGGGCCAUGAGGAACCCGUCGACGAGAUGGGCGUCGCGUACGGCAGGGCGCCACCCUCCCCCGCGGCCGCGGAGGUGAGGUACCACGAGUGCCUGCGGAACCACGCCGCGGCGAUGGGCGGCCACGUCGUGGACGGCUGCGGGGAGUUCAUGCCGGGCGCCGGGGACGCCGCCGAUGCCCUCAAGUGCGCCGCCUGCGGCUGCCACCGCAGCUUCCACCGCAAGGACGACGGCCAGCAGCUGCGCGUGCUCGUCCCGUCCCCGACGCCGCGCGUCCCGCUGCUCAUGCCGCCGCCGCCGCCGCCGCACCCCUACGCGGGCCACGGCCACCCGCACCCGCCGUUCCCGUACCACCACACCCCCAGCGGCAGCGGCGGCACGACGACGGAGUCGUCCAGCGAGGAGCGGGGGCCUCCCUCUGCGGCGGCGGCGGCGGCGGCGGCGCAGGGGCAGCGGAAGCGGUUCCGGACCAAGUUCACGCCGGAGCAGAAGGAGCAGAUGCUGGCGUUCGCGGAGCGGGUGGGGUGGCGGAUGCAGAAGCAGGACGAGGCGCUGGUCGAGCAGUUCUGCGCGCAGGUCGGCGUGCGGCGGCAGGUGUUCAAGGUGUGGAUGCACAACAACAAGAGCAGCAGCGGCAGCGGCAGUAGGAGGCAGCCGCUGGAGCAACAGUCCCAACAGCAGCAGCAGCAGCAGCAACCGCAGUAGCCAUGGGAGGAGACAAGCAUUUGGUUUGGUUAAUCCCCACCUCAUUAUUUUUAUAAGCCCAAGACAGGAGGGGGUUAAUUAAACAUCCGGAAGUGAGGACUACUCUCUGCGAUCUCUAUCCUCUCUCUCUCUCUCUCGUUUGGCCUUAACCUUCAUUCUUUCAGUCCUCCUGCUUACUUUGGUUCAUGAUUCUAGCCUGGUUCAUUUUGAUUCCUUUUGCAUCCUAGUUAAGGGUUUACUUUGAUCGCAAAAAGAAAAGGUUGAGGGUUUACCUGGAUG